AAUUUAUGACGUUUGACAUUCGGGUCCACGCACUAUCAAUGUCAUGAAUCGAUGACAGUAACUGUUGCCUACCACAUUUAAUAACGCAAACAACGAAAUGAUUUCAAAAAUCUUUAGAGCAGUUAUAAUGGGCCCUCCUGGCUCAGGAAAGGGCACCAUAUCAACAAGAAUUGUCAAAGAUUUCAACAUGAAACAUUUAUCAAGUGGUGACUUGUUAAGAUCUCAGAUUUUAAAUAAAACUACUGCUGGCCAGUUAGCCAAAGAUUAUAUUGACCAUGGGAAGUUAGUUCCUGACAAUGUCAUGGUGGACUUGAUUUUGAAUGAAUUGCACAACAUGAAGUCUCACAGCUGGCUGUUAGAUGGAUUUCCCAGGACAGUUUCUCAGGCAGGUGCUCUACUGAAGAAGGAACCAAUUGAUGUUGUUGUCAAUUUAAAUGUUCCUUUUGAGGUUAUAAUUGAUAGAAUUAAAGGAAGAUGGACUCAUGCACCUAGUGGCAGAAUAUACCAUACAGAGUUCAAUCCACCAAAAGUUCAGGGUAAAGAUGAUGUUACUGGAGAAGACUUGAUACAAAGGGAUGAUGAUAAACCAGAAACUGUCAGAAAACGCCUAGAAACAUAUCAACAUAAUACACAACCUGUACUGCAGUAUUUUAGAGACCAUGGGCUGUUAGAAGAAUUUGCUGGAAGAUAUUCCAAUGAAAUAUGGCCAAAAGUUCAUUCCUUUUUAUCCACAAAGACAGAACCAUUACAGUAUACACAUUAUGGAGAAUGAUUAGUUUGAGUUAUCUCCCUUGUACUGAACACAUUUGUGCAAAGGCUAUCUCAUGUACCAUACAUUUUUGCGCAUAGUAAAAUAUCUGGCUUCAAAACUACAAUAUUACAUAUUGUACCUAUUAGUUAUGGAUGCCAAAUUUUAGGAUUUGCUUUGUACUAAACAAGAUAAUUGUAGUCAUAGAAAUUCAUUGGAAUAUUACUAUGUGUUCCUAAGAUAUGAUUUUUUAACCAAAGUCAUUCAAUCAUAAAAAAGUAUUUUAAUGCUUCCUUUUUUUUACCUAAACAUUUUUUAAAUUCUUUUUGAAUUAUGAUCACACUAGUGUUUGAUAUGUUUUACAGUUUUGGAUGUUACUUUUUCAUCAUUUUAUUAUAUUAUUGUUAAUGUUAUAUAUCUUUUGUAUAUCUCAAUGCAAUAUUUCGGUACGUCUUAUUUUGGCUCUACUACUGUAUUUAGGAGGAUUUUUACCUGUCAUAAUAUAAUGUAACCCUGAAUAUAUCAGAUUCUAUUUUUUUUUUAACUUCAGUGUUGUGCUCAUAUUUUUGUACAUAGAUAAAGUGAAUCAAGUGUUUACUCCAAAUGGAUGUGGUUUGUGUCUAAUUAAGUGCUAGUCAUUGUUAUUAGUAUAUCAAAUAUGUUGUUAUAUAUAUUUGAUAUUUGUACAUAUGUAUUUUGUAGCAUUAUUUUAUUAUUCAUGUUGAUAAAUGAAAUUUUCAUCUACACAUUUCAAUAUUAUAUAAAUCUUAUUUGAUGCCAUAUUAUAAAAAUAAAAAUUGAAAUGAUUUGCAAAAAUGAAUUCUAGUUACAUUAUUUCUCUUAACAAAUGGGUUUUCUUUCUUUUUAUCUCUGCUUUUACAAAUUCUUUAUUGCCCUAUCUAAUUGUUAACAACUUUCUAUCAAGUACAACCAAUCUAUGUAGUUUUAUUCUUGUGUGUUAAAUUUUCUUUAUGUUUGUUAGGAUACAUCUUUUGUUACAAAAUCAAAGCCCAAUGAGUAAAAUCCUAUAUUUUUCCUUAUUAUUUUGGAUAGACAUAAGUCUAAAUAAUUUUCAUUUGAAUGUUACAUUUUUCUUGCAGAAUUACUUACUUGGCAAGCUUUUAAGUUAGUACAGAAGGAUUUAUUUGUUCCUGCUCUUGUAUGGAAUUUAAAAUGGUAGCCUUUAAUUCUUGCUGCAUUGUAACUUGCAAUAAUUGGUACAUCUGGUAUUUUUCUUACAGUUCAUUUUUUUUUUUAAAUUCUAUCUUUGUAUAAACAAAUAAUUUUGAUCAGAUCAUUGAAUUAAAUUCCAAUAUUUGGAACACUGAAAAUUCAGAAAUUAUUGCCAAAAAAUGCAAGAGUAUCAGAUUCUCAAUAAUAAAAACCUUAUUUAUAAUUGUAGUAGUGAUUUUCCUUCACAAAAUUUUUACAAUCGAAUUAAUUAGAUUUUGUAUUUUAAACAGUACCUAAGGAUUUGCUAUGUCAAAUGUAACUGCAAAUGAAAAUUUCUUUUCCAACAGCAUUGAGGCAAUCUUUUUUAAUAUUAAGCAAAUAUUUUAAUAAAAUUAACAUCUGA